UCCCCACACGCGGGUCGGGGCGGCGGCGAUCGGGGACCGGCACAGGGAUCGGGACCGGCACAGGGAUCGGGACCAGCACAGGGAUCGGGAUCGGCACCGGCACCGGCACCGGCACCGGCACCGGCACCGGGGCAGCGCAGCGAUGCAGCCGCCGCCGCGCAAGGUGAAGCUCACCCAGGAGCUGCGGGUCCAUCUCCUGGAGCAGCUGUCGGGCCUGCAGAGCAAACAGCAGCGGGACGCCGAGCUGCUGGAGGACAUCAGGUCCUACAGCAAGCAGAGGGCCACCAUUGACAGGGAGUAUGGGCAGGCUCUGCAGAGGCUGGCGAGCCAGUUUGUGAAGAGAGACUGGCAGCGAGGACGUGGCGAGGCCGGUGACUCCAGGAGCGUGGCUGCUGUGUGGAAAGGUGUCAUCGAGGGGACAGCACUCGCCGGGCAGGUCCGUGUCACCUCCUCCGAGAGCUACCGCGCCCUGGCCACUGAGGCCACCCGCAGCGCCCGCCUUGCCAAGGAGAGGACACUCAAGAAGGGCAUCGAGCGGCUGCAGAAAGCGCAGGCGGAGCUGCUGGAGACGGUGAAGGAGCUGGACAAGGCGAAAAAGAAGUUCAGCCACCUCCAGCGCAGCAGUGAGGUGGCCAAGGACAAGGCGGCUGACGUGGAGGCACGCCUGCGGAAGAGCGACCGGCGGAUAUUUCACACCAAGGCCAGUCUGCAAAAGCUCAGCGCCAAGUUCUCAGCGCGACUGGCCGAGCACUCGAGGCAGCUGGCAGGGGUGCAGAACGAGUACAGCUUCGCCCUGGUGUCUGCCUCUGCCCACCUGGAGCAUUACCAGCGUGUGGAGCUGCCCGCGGCCAUGCAGGCACUGGACGGGGACCUCUACGAGCGGCUCCGGGAGCAUUUGUCGGCCGCCAGCCGGACGGAGGUGGAGACGUGCCGGGCCACCCGGGACUGGUUCCAGGGCGUUGUGGAGGCAUCUGCACGGGUGUGCUGGGAGCAGGACCUCCUCCUCUUCCUGCAGGACCACCCUGCCUUCUCCCUGGCACCCAAGCAGCGCUUCCAGCUUGCCGGGGUGGAGGAGGUGAGUGAAGGGGCGUACAGCAAGGUGGGGUCUGCCCAGCCACCCCCUUGUCACCAUGUCCUUGCCCAGGUGUGCCUGCUGCCACCAGCAGACGACGGGGCCAGCCUGGAGAAGGAGGCGCGGCGCUGGGCCACGCGGGUGGCCCGGGACCACAAGAACAGGGCACACAGCGAGGAGGUGCUGCAGCGGCUGGAGGCCAGGAGGCAGCAGGGGCUGGAGGCAGAAGCAGCGGCCGUGGAGCGGCAGAUGGAAGAAGCGAGGGAGAACAUCCGGAAAGCGGAGGUGAGCCGAGUGAAGGCCGAGGCACGGCUGGCACUGCUGCGGGCAGCAGGGCUGGAUGUGGACGCCUGGCUGGCCGGGGCCAUGGUGGGGACAGGUGAGGAGGCUCCCACGGGGCUGGACCCUGCCGAGUUCGAUGACUAUGAGGACAGUGACGAGCCGGAUGAGGAUGAUGAGCCUGGGCCUGCUGCUCGCACCUACCCUUACACCUGCCGGGUGAUCUUUGGCUACCAGGGCUGCCAGGCGGAUGAGCUGUCCAUCAGCCAGGGCGAGGAGCUGGAGAUCAUCGAGGAUGGGGACGCAGAGGAGUGGGUGAAGGCUCGGAACAAGGCUGGGCAGGUUGGCUACGUCCCCGAAAAGUACCUGCUGUCCCUGGGGUGUGACUCGGGGGCUGGGCUUGGCCCCCCAGGACCCUCUGCCUUGCACCGCCAGCUCUCCAGCAUCAUGGCUGCUGAACUGGUGCUGGAGCCUGGAGCCUGGCUGGUGCGAGCCCUGUACGACUACGAGGGGCAGAGCCCAGAGGAGCUGAGUUUCCCUGAGGGGGCCAUCAUCCGGGUGCUGCCCCGUGCCGCCGGUGAGGUGGACGAUGGCUUCUGGACCGGAGACUUCGAUGGCCGCGUCGGCGUCUUCCCCUCCUUGGUGGUGGAGGAGCUCACCGGGGCUCGCGAGGCAGCCGGGCAGGAGCUGCCAUCACCAUCCCCUCCGCCCUUCUCCCCUCCUGGCCUCGCACCCGGGGCCAGCCUGGUCCCCAGCCCUGCUCCUGAGACAGCGCUGGGAGGUUGCCGUCAGGAUGGCACGAGCAGCGGGCAGAGCUCUCCAGACCUGGCAGCCACGCGUUUACGGCCGCUCCGUGCGCCACCCCCACCGCCCGGCAGAGCCCCCGAGCCUGACCCCGAGCUUCACUUCAGCUGACCCUGUGGGCCACCCAAGCCCCCACAAAGCAUUGUCCAAGCAAACCAUCACAACCUGCUGUCCCAGCAGCAGGG